AUGGCCGCGUUUAUGAACAGGCUGAGGGUGGAGGAGCUCUACUACAAGCUUGCUGAACAGCCCCCCAAAAAUCUGGAAGAGCUCUUGACCCGGGCUCACGCCGCCGCCAACGCACAGGAGGCCGCCCGCCUGAAGAGGGAGUCAGAUCGGGAGUUCGGGGAUCGGAGAGGACGGGGAAACCCCCCUGAAAUCAAGGAUGGCCAAACCAGGAAGAACGUUUUCGAUCGCCUCUCCAAGGAUAAAGCCCCCGCUCAACCGCCACUCCCGGAAAAAGGGUACACACCCCUGACUCGGCCCAGGGCACAGAUCCUGGCGGUGAUGGAGGCAGAGGGUUUAGGAGGACGGCCGCCCAAGAUGGGGACGCCCCGGAAUAAAAGGAACCAGGACCGGUACUGUGCCUUCCACCGUGAUGUAGGGCACGAUACGGAAGGAUGCUGGGCCUUGCGGAAGGAGAUUGAAGACCUGAUCCAGCGCGGUUUCUUGGGGCGGUUCGUGCAGCCAGGUCGGCCGGGCCGGGAGCGCGGACGUGCCUACCACGAAGGGAGGGGCGAAGGCUACCGCCGAGACCGCCCUGAGCGGCAUGACGCGGCCCGGGGCCACUCCCCCGACCAGGACACUCAGAACCUGACGGGGGUUAUAAACACCAUAGCCGGGGGUCCCACGGGAGGAGACAGCCAUACAGUCCGGAAAAACAGGCGACCUCCCCCCGACGGAGAUGAUUCACUGAAGCGUCUGCGCAUGGAUGAGGAGAUCACUUUCGGACCGAGGGACGCGGUUCCCUUGACGGCCGGGAAUCAUGAGGCUAUCGUAAUAGACAUCGUCACCAAUAAUUACCGGGUGAAAAAAGUGUACGUCGAUCAGGGAAGUGCAGUGGACAUCCUGUUCUACAGGGUGUUCAAGGAGCUCGGCCUGGAGGACGGGUAG